GACUUCCAGUGGAUGCCCGUUCCCUCGACCGGACGAUUGCCGAAACCGCAUUGCAACGYGCUUAUGGCACAAUUGCGGGACUACUUGCACAUUGCAGUACCAGCUCUGUUGAUGGACGCCGGAGUAGAGGUUGUUGACCUUCACGCUUUCAUCGCGAAGAUCGACUACAAGUUCAAGACGCAACGGUACGACGACCUCGACGCACCAUUGCUAUACAUAUGCAUUCAGAUCGGAGAGGCGGCCUGCAGUGCCUUGAUCGAUUGCGGAGCAUCUUGCAACUGCAUCAACCAGGACUUCAUGGUACGCGCCGGCCUUGGCCCACGUGUCCGGAGGAAGUCCCAGCCUACGCAAGUCACUCUGGCAGACGGUCAUACGCAUAAAUCCAUCGACCAAUGCAUUGACGCCGUCCCAGUGUACUUUGCCCCCCACACAAGUGAGGCGGUGUCCUUCGACAUUCUGGACACCAAAUUCGACAUGAUCUUGGGCAUGUCAUGGCUGCGAAGCAAGGAUCACCCUGUGAACUUCUUCAACCGCACCGUUCACGUUCGUGACCGGAAUGAAGUAUUAGUUUCAUGCACGGUGCCUUUUCCUCAUCCUUCGAUCAGCUGCCACGUGGUAUCCGCCGCAAGCAUACGAGUUUCCAUCAUCAGAGACGACAUCGAAGAGAUGGGGGUGUGUUUUCUCCACGCCCUCCCGCCACAUAACGCUUCAUCGACGGACUCACCUUCGGAUCCACGCAUCACCAAACUUCUCGACGCCUACAGCGACGUGUUCGAAGACCCGCAUGGAGUAGUACCGGAUCGACCCAUCCGCCACGAGAUCAUCCUCGAGGACGGGGCCGUACCUCCGCGCGAUUGCAUCUACCGAAUGAGCGAGGAAGAGUUAAGUGUGCUUCGGGCACAACUCGACGACCUUCUAGGGAAAGGCUGGAUUCGGCCUAGCUCAUCGCCAUAUGGUGCUCCUGUUCUCUUCGUCCGGAAGAAGAACAAGGAUUUGCGGUUGUGCAUCGAUUAUCGCAAGCUCAACGCGCAGACGAUCAGGAACGCCGGCCCUCUCCCACGCAUCGACGACCUUCUCGAGCGAUUGGGCGGCGCCUAGUUCUUCUCUAAGUUGGAUCUCAAUUCAGGGUACCACCAGCUCGAGAUUCGCAAGGAGGAUCGCUACAAGACCGCGUUCAAGACUCGG